UAUAGAUCUCUGAGAUGAUCGUAUCUAGAGGUCUGGCCCCGCCGUCACCAAAAUUUCCUUUUCCUCAACCUCAACCCUCAACUCAAAUCCUUGAGGUUUCCUUAACUGAGAUUUUCCUCAAUUCGACGCCACCAAACAGUCUGAGGAGUACCUCAGUUGAGACUGAAAAUUCACACUCAACUCAGUUGAGAAAGUACACAAUUAAUUUCGAGUGAUUUCGCGGAAUAUUUUAGGUAAUGAUUUUACGUAAUAAAAUUUCUCUCGUCUGCAUUAUUUCUCUCUCAAAUUUUGUUCAUUUCUUAUUUCUUUUUUGUAGUGUUCAUUCAUUUACAUAGCUAAUUUUUAGUUUUUUGUUGUUUUUUUUGUUGUUGUUGUUGUUGUUGUGUUUUGUGUGUGUGUGUGUGUGUGUUGCUAUUUUAUUCUUAUUAUCUUUUAUAAAUUAUUUAUUCUUAAUGCAUAGUUAAAAUAGAAUCUCUCUGGGUACGAGUUAGCUUUACUAUUUGUCAACGUGAUUGGAUUAACUCGUUCUAUUUGAGAUUAAUUUUUAUUUUCAUCACUUCGUACAUUUUCGAUCAGUUCUUUGGACGAAUAAGGCAUGUCCUAAUUCGCUCCACUUUUAACAUUGAUUGGCAAGCCUAAAGACCAAAAAACAUGUAGUCUGCGUUGUAAAUACGUUUGUAGAUUAGUGUAGUUGUAGUGCUAAAUGUAUUUAUAUGUAGUUUUUGUUAUUAUUCUCUGUUGAUAUUGGCCACAUUAUGUAAUUCUUUUCGUUUGUCCUGAUAAAGGGACGGGUCGUCCCAAAAAAUUGACAAUCUGGUUGUUCGUGUCGUUGGUCAUUUUAGUGCUUUGUAUAUAUAUAUAUAUUUAUUGUACGUAAAAUCAAAAUAUGCAUACAGUCAAUAUGUUCUAGUGAUGUCUAUAUUCAACACUACAGGCUACACGCAGAAAUUGCAUUAAACAUAUAUAAUACUGCUAUCAUGUGUCAGACAGCCUAAAAUGAAGAUUAUCUUAAAGAGUCCGUGAAGUCAAAGUCAAAGUUUUUAUUAAUUGGUGUAGAAUAACACGAAAGUCAAUAUCCCAAAAUUUUACAGUCAAUAUAGCGGCGAUAAGGAAAUUAUUCCCGUUCAAAGUUGUUGAUUUUCGCACCUGAUUAAAACCAAUCAAGGCAACUUCCGGUUGUACUAUUAUUAGCAAAAUACUUGCGUGACGUCACUUUACAUCAGCUUUGAAAUGGCAACUGUAAACGAUAACAGCGUAACCUCGGAUUCUUCGUCGGAUAUUGACCUACACAUGUCAUUUGAGAUAUCAUCCUUCGAAGAAGAACACGAGGAACAUCAGCAGGACAUAGUCCCAUAUCGGUUUGAACCUGAAGCGACUGAUCUUAGCGAAUCGGAUGGCUCAAGCGAAGACGAAGUCGACGACCAGCACAGACUAGAAAAUACAGAUUGGUGCAAUUGUGGAUCAUGCACACCCAUGCCCACAGCAUUAGAAAGCAAAUGCUGCUCUGAAAUUCCACAGAUUGUCGAGAAAAUUGAGUCUUAUAGUGAUGAUUUAACCUGCAUUACAAGACAUCCUGGAUUCCAGACUGUUUGUCUAGACGUCUUUGUCCUGGAGACUGCAUACUACCAGUAUCGUUCUCAGUAUGGAGAUAUACAGAACAGCAUGAAUGAGAGAAACAGAUAUACCGCAUAUCGUCAACUAGCUCGUUGGUGUUGGGGCUACUUAGGAAAGAGUGUUCGAGUUCCCCUCCCCUCCUGUGCAGUAACAAAGAUCCGUGAGACAUUCAGCUCAGAGGAAUAUCACGGAUAUCAAGACCCAGAAUGAGAUGCACAAAGUUACUGCAAAGUGGUGGUGGUUGUAUUUCUGGCAAGCAGGAGACAGGUGGUUGAUGGGGUGAUGUAGCAUCAACUGAAGCUUCCAUGGAUGCGAAUGUCUCAGUCAUCAAUAAAGUUACAUACCCUGAAAUGAAGUCAAUAUGCAAUAACUGUGUCAUAUGAGAAUCUCAAUUUCUACUCUUCUAGGUGCUCAUUGUUUUCCAUAAAUUCAAAUUAAAUUUUUUAAA